GGCCAUUUUACACAUUAAUAUCGAUUAAUGCUCCAUGGUGAAUGAAAAGAGUAUAUGUAUAACAGUCGUUCCCCAUUUGCUAACUUAACAUGUAUUGCCCAACGUUUUUAUUCCUUUACAAAAAGAUUCAAUUGUUACGUGUUAUAGGUCUCAGCUAUAAAUAUAAUGAUUCUUUGUCAAAGUUGAGUAUAUCCAACCACUCUCAUCGCGUGCUUAUCCCUUUGAUUUUCCACGAAAAAUGCAACGAGCCAUUUCGCGCUCAUCAAAGAUUCACUUGUUUAAUUGCCCUGGCCUGGUGGAAACAUUAAAUGCUUUAGCCCUAGUCUCUGAAUAUUAAAUUGCUUGAUUGUAACGAUCUGAGAGAAUAUACUAUUAUGCAAAAAUUGACGCUUCAACUGAGCUCAUUUGAAAUUUGAAGCGUCAGUGGUAGUGCGAAACCGACAUGGAGAAAGUAUUCGACUGCUCGUGCUAUCAAAUUACCAAGCGUGGCUUACAAUGCAUCGGCCAUUGGCCAUUCCAAUCGUGGAGGGACAGAGUCUUUCUUAGAUGUAUAACCUUUUUCGUUAUAAGUACAAUAUUAGUGCCGAAGAUAAUUAAGCUCAUAGAGUCAUUGAAUGAUUUGGAUAUGGUCCUUGAAUGCUUACCGAUUAUCGGAUGUUACCUAUUAGGCCUAAUCAAGUUUUUCAACUGGAUGAUAAUGGAGAAUCAUAUGAAACAGUUGUUACUAAUGAUCCAAAGGACUUGGGAAGAUUUGAAAGUGGAAUCUGAACUCGAAGUAUUGCGCCAGUAUUUGGGCCAAUCGCGGCGUUUGAAUAUAGCUUACACAAUAUGCUUCUACUCGGUACUUGCGCUUUACUUCUGUUCACCGGCAGUCCCCAAAAUUUUGGAUGUUCUGAAACCAUUGAAUGAGAGUCGGCCUCGACUAUUUCUCUACCAUACCGAAUUUUUCAUCGAUCAAGACAGAUAUUAUGUAUACCUGUUGAUUCAUGCUUACCUAACUGUACCUGUUGGCCUCUCAUAUAUCGUUGUUUUUGACAAUUUAUUUUCAACUCUCAUCCAUCACGCCUGCGGGAUGAUUGAAAUAUUGAAAUUACGUUUAGAAGCAUUGCACCUUAAUAACACUGUCAAAGGAUCAACUAAAUUUCAAAUGAUAAUGAAUCGCAUAAGAACAACUUCUACUCUUCAAAGUCAAAUUUUCAAGUUUGUUGAAACACUAGAGGCUGCGUACAGCAUUGCCCUCUUGAUUAUUGUUGGGGUUAAUAUGAUAUUAAUUGUGACUGGUAAUAUCGCAGCUCUUAUCAAAGUAUCUCAUCCAAAUGAAAUGGUCAGGGUUAUAAUUGUUAACAUGUGUGCACUCACUCAUUUAUUCUGGAGCAGCUGGUUAGGACACAACCUGAUUGUGCAGAGCGAGCACGUCUUCCUUUCAACGUCAGUAUAUGUAUAUCUCCGAAAAUUCUUCAUAUUACUGUUAAUAUUUGCACUAUUUAAGCAUCAGAUUUGUAUUUGGAUGUUUAGAUAUCAGAGCAAAUGGUACCUGUUACCUUGUCAAUUACAAUCAAUGCUCAUUCCCAUUAUGGUGAGGAGCAUGAAGCCCUGUCGACUAACGGCAGGGAAGUUGUAUACUAUGUCUAUGGAAAGUUUUGGAACAACGUUGAAAAUGAUGAUGUCGUUUAUGACAGUUUUAAAUUCUAUGCGAUAAAUAGUAUAAUUUCGAAAAUUUUGUCACUGAACGCUUCAAACACUAAUAGGUAACUGACUGAAACGACAAAUUUCAACACCAAAUGGAUUUUACCCUUGAAAAGGUAAAAUAACAAAUUCUGCAAUGUAGUAUCGGUUUAUCAGUUGGUUUCAAAAUAAUAAGAUAUUAUUAUUAUA